AUGAGAUUUUCGUUGACUUCCUUGCUCUUGGGAGCGAGCUCCGCACUCACUGCAUCGGCAGCAUGCGACGACAACGUCAAGCACACCGUCUGGCUUGCCGGCGACAGCACGAUGGCGCCCGAUGGUGGACACAACGGCACUGAGGGAUGGGGUCAAUAUCUGCGGUACUCGUUGGACUCGUCCAAGAUCAGGGUGAACAAUUCGGCGUACGCUGGAAGAAGCGCGCGGACAUUUACUCGUGAGGGGCGUUUCCAAAGAAUUAUCGACGAGGUCAAGCCUGGUGACUGGGUGGUUAUUGAGUUUGGCCACAAUGAUGGGCCCGGCAACCCAGCUACGGAUGUUAAGAACCGAGUUGAUUGCCCUGGCAUCGGUAACCAAACGUGCGAGGCAAUCUUCAACAACGCAACCGAAAUCGUCCAGACCUACACUACCUACCUCCGCAACGCAUCCUCAAUCUUCUUGUCCCUCGGCGCCAAGGUAGUCAUUUCGACGUCAACCCCGACGAACCCCUACCAGUCCGGUAGCUUCUCCUGGACCCCGCGCAUCUUCUCAUGGUACUCGUGGUACGUCGUUGAGUCUCUGGGCGGACCGGCCGCAGGCAUCUACUACGUCCCUCACUCGGACUACUGUGCCCAGGCCCUUAAGCUCCAGGGCCCCGAGGCCGCGGUCAAGGGAUACCCUAUGGAUAACACACACAUGGCGCCCCAGCUGGCCGACACUUUCUCGCAAGCCUUUGUUCUGGGCCUGAAGUGUGGAACAUCGCCUCUGCAGCAGUAUGUUGUCAACGCGACUUCACGCAUUGAAGGGGCCCAGCUGGGAACUUGCCUGCCUGUGAACGCGACGCUGCCUAUUUGA